AUGCCUGACAUACACCCUUUCUUCAACUCAGCCUCACCACCCAAACUGGACCUCUCCAAUGCUCCCUCCCAACUCUUCCAGGUGCCAGCCACGGCCUCCUCAUCCCUCUAUUCCCUAUCCCUCAGUCGCAAGCGACCCCGUCGAAACACGGAGAAGCUCUCCUCGCAUUUCGAACCCGACGGCAACACCUCUUCCAUGAUCCACCCCUACCGCUCAGUAAGCAGCGGAAACCACCUCCACACCUCCGCCGAACUAGAUUACCGACCAAACCGCUACCGCGAAUCCUUCCACCCACCCCCCUUCGACUCCGAUUCCGAGUCCCCAAACCCAGCCGUCUCAAACGGCAGCCGCAAGCGCACUCGCCGCGACUCCUGCAUCUCCCCAACCCCAGAUGGCUCAACCCCAUCCACACCCACCGGCUGGGGUCGAACGGUAAUCCAAGCCGUAAGCAAAGUCCUCGAUCUCUGUUGGACGGGCGCAUUCCGCGGCUUCUACGCAGGCGGCGGCCAAGGCUACGAUAUGCCAGCGGGACCUACCCAAAUUCUCGAAUCCAGCUGGCAAGCGUCGACCAGUCCCGAGAAAGACUACAACGCAAAUACGUAUUGCGCAACACCCGUGCCGGGCCAGUAUCCCGAAGACGAGACCGAGAGCUGGGUUGUCGUGCCGGAUUCGAAUGGUUUCGCAGGCAGCAGUGAGCUAGCCAGUCCCUCGUUUCGCGCGAGGCGCUCCUUCCAGGCGUCUAGUCCACGACGGAGGUCAGCUGUGAUGCCUCGACUUGCUAAGCCGGCGAAACGAGUCGGGUAUGCGGGUCCCAUAUCGCCGGGUCUGCCGUCGCCGCGGCUGAGGGAUGUGCCUAGUUCUGCGGAUAUACAGCGACAGGCUGCGAAGAUGCGGCGCAAGGAGCGGGAGGAGGAUGCCAGUAUUCAGCGCUUGAAUAAGCAGUUGCAGGCGAUGAUUCGGGAGGGGAAGGAGGCGUUGGGGACGACUGUUGUUGUGGAUGAUUUGGAUAUGUAUGACUCCGAUUAG